CCUCCGCGGCGCGCGCAGGAGCGCCUUUGAUCAAACAUGACUCCUCUACUCCUCGUCGCCUCCUUUCUAGCCGCCUGGCCUCCGGCCUUCCCGGAGCACGUGAGGAGUCAGGAGCAGCUCCUGCUCAGCUCCCUGGGUUUGUCCGGGAGGCCCCGGUUCGCGGGGGGUUCCCGGAACCGGCACCGGGUCCCGCCUGCGCUCUGGAGGAUGUUCCGGAGGUCCGAGGACCGUCCGGACGGAGACCGAGACUCCUGUUUGGUGUCGGAGUUCGGAGUCCGCGGCAACAUCAUCCGAUACGUGCAGGACCAGGGCAGGCUGAUGAGCGGCGGCUGUCGGACGUGUUUGGUGAAGCAGCUUUUUUUCAACGUCUCGGUCCUGCAGCCUGCGGAGCAGCUGUCUCUGGCUCAGCUGGACAUCAAGCUCCACUGGACUUUGGGCUCAGCAGGAGUCCUGCAGAGGCCCCGGGCCCUCAGCGUGUCCCUCUACAGAGUGGUCCGAGCCACGCUGAGGGGAGCCGAUCCCGAGGUCAACCGCAGGCUGGUGCUGUCGCAAUCGGUGCAGCUGCAACCAGAACCCGCCUCCGUGAUCAUCAACAUCACGUCUCUGGCAGAAAGCUGGAGGACGCCAGGCCGCAACUACGGCCUGGUUUUAGAGCUGCUGCCUGUCAACGAGAACCCAGAGGACCUUCUUUCUUUCCAUCCCGGGGGCUCCUUCUCGUUGGACCCAGUCUUCACCCUGCCAGCGGUGGAGGCCUCGCUGGUGGUCGUGUCACUGAGCACCAGCCAGUGUCGGUCCAGACGAAGGAGGAGCGCGAUUAAAGUCCCUGUGAUCCCUACCCACGUGUGUAACGCCCGCCGCCUCUACAUCGAGUUCAAGGAAGUGGGUUGGAACGACUGGGUCAUUGCUCCGCAGGGCUACAUGGCAAACUACUGCCACGGUGAGUGCCCCUUCCCCCUCAGCGAGACCCUGAACGGCACCAACCACGCCAUCCUGCAGACCCUGGUCCAUUCCUUGGACCCCCGCGGGACGCCUCAGCCCUGCUGUGUGCCCAUCCGCCUCUCGCCCAUCUCCAUGCUUUACUACGACAACAACGACAACGUGGUGCUUCAGCACUACCAGGACAUGGUGGUGGACGAGUGCGGCUGCCGCUGACGCCGUGUCUCCACAUCAGCUCCACAGUCUGUGUCCUGCUUUUGGACUCGAGGAGAA